GUGCUGUGUAUUAAGCAGAACAAGGCUUGAUAACGUUUUGAAUAUAGACCCGCAGAUCAUCUAUGUUUCGUCGUGGGCGUCAAAGGCGGUUCAAAAGUCCGCUCUAGAAAGUUAUAUAUAGGCGCGAAUAUCCUGUAGAGUGUCUAAGGGUUCUCUCAGCAACCACAACCGACAGAGGCCAUCAAUCACGUCUUUCAAGUCACUAUGAGCGGCUCGGACGUUCGUAUGGUGGUCGACGGCGGCAUAGGCGCCUCCAGAAUUGACGAUAACGACUUCAAAGAACUUGUUGAAGAAGUAUUCGACGAAUAUAUCAUCAAUGAGAUGCCAAUUCGUCUGAUCCAUAUCAGCGAAGAUGGCCAGGGGCUGCAUUUCAAACUCGUGGACAGGGCUUUCGUCAAGGAGCAUUUCAAAUUAGUCCCUGACGAGAUCUACAGGGAAUUUUGCAACGCAAGGCUUGUGGACAUGGAGGACUGUAUCAGGGAGCGGGUAAAGGAGACAUUGAAAUAUGCCAUCUUCUCCCAUCGAUGGCUGUCCAGCGAGCCUUCGUAUCAAGAUAUGUCGACGGAGCCGAUGAAAGUCCAGGCUGAGCUUGAGCCUAAGUGGCAGAAGCUUCGACAAUUUUGUCGUAAAGCGAGGGAUGACCAUGGUUGCGAAUUCGCCUGGUCAGACACGUGCUGCAUAAACAAAACAGGGAGCGCGGAGUUGGACGAAUCUAUCCGCUCCAUGUUUCGCUGGUACAGGAAUUCCCACGUAUGCAUCGUACAUCUGUCGGAGACGGAAAACCUGGCGGCUCUUGAAAGGCAGCAGAAGGAUGGAGCAAAGGUCGACGUUUGGUUCACAAGAGGAUGGACGCUUCAAGAGCUCCUUGCCCCAGCGCAAAUCAAGUUUUACGGAAGGGACUGGAAUCCUCUUGUACCUCUCGACCAGUCUAAGAGCGAUAGAGUCAACGAUAUCAUCAUGCGAAAGAUAGAAAAAAUCACGAACAUUCCUCUCGAAGAUCUUAAAUCGUUCGAACCUGGCACAAAUCGAGUGCCGCAAAAGAUGCUAUGGGCAUCGAAGAGGAGAACUUCUCGGACAGAAGAUAUUGCAUAUUGUCUCAUUGGCAUAUUCAAUGUCAGCCUCAUGAUCGCAUAUGGGGAGGGAAACAGGGCUUUCUUCCGUCUCAUGGAAGAGAUAAUAAAGAGAUACGACAAAUGGGACGUGUUUCUCUGGAGUGGCCAAUGCUCCCACUACAAUGCCACCCUUCCCCACGCUCCACGCUGUUAUCCCGUGGGAUAUCAGGAAACACUGGUGAAGCGCCGACACGAAGUAGGCAAUGAGGAGGAAUGGAAUACAGCAAGAUACGACAUUGGAGAUAGGCUUUUUGCCUUGACUAACCAUGGCCUCCAAAUCAAAGUGCUCCGACUGUUUGUCGAUUUACAACACGCAAGGGACGAGUCGCAUAACUCAAGGUACCUUACCUUCAGGCAUACAGAGUUCAAUCAUGAUGUAGUGGUGAGGCACAUUGGCCCAAAGCGCGAACCUCAUAGUACCAUAUGGGCAAUAGCUGUCCUGGACUACUGGGCUGACAGCAGUGGAAAGGGUUUUAUGGACGGUAGAAAAGACCCAUUUACUGCAUUUCUUUUGUCCAAGGAUACAUUACAUGCAUCUCCGGAUGCAAGGUGGAGGAAAGAGAUGACAGAGGAAGUUAUCAAGAUUCAACAAGCCCGCCACUGCGUAGACAAAUUAGUCCAGUUAUACCUUUAAUGCCGUGACUUUUGAAGACUUCUGCUCAUCAUGUUCUUGAGGUAGCGGAGUUACAACUACUGAAUGAUGUAUACCGUAUCCCCACAACUUUAUCCCCACACUCGGCAGUCAAGUAGUACCCGUUUUGACUUAGGGCGUGAAUCUUUUGAUGCGUCUGAGUCGUCCUGAUGCUGCUCUGCCACGGGCCGUUGUAUUUGAGUCUUAACCCCUACGGUAGUAAUCAUAU